GUAAAUUAAUUUACAAGAACUGUAAAAUAAUAAUACUUUUACGUCAAAUGCCAUAAUAGAUGUGUUGCCAGCCGUACCACUGGUGGUGAAGAGUCCAUACCUGUCCACUUGGAUGACUGGCCGCCAAUUGGCCGGCGAGUGGACUCGGUUUUACACCGGAGCCAUUACAGGUAUGGCAGGUAUGGUUCGGGUCGACGGACAGACUUAUGAGUUUAUGGGCAAACCCUCCGCCGAUGUCAGCGAAAUACAACGAGUCGUACAGUCGGGACUUCGUGUGACUCCUACCCAAUCGGUGUUCACAUUCACCGCCGGACCCAUAGAACUGGUCGUAAACUUCUUCACUCCUAUCGAUCCGACAGAUCUCAAGCGUCUGUCACUUCCGGCCUCUUAUAUAUCAAUGAGCGCCCGAUCUGUCGAUCAGAAGACACAUGAAGUUCAGGCAUAUCUCGAUAUGUCCGGAGAAUGGGUCGCCGCAGACGCUAAUCAAGUGGUGGAGUGGGAUGUCAUGGAAGUGAAGGGCAAAACAAAUCUAAUUAAUGGUAACUUUAGACUCAAAGAUCAAAAAGAAUUUGCAGAAAUUAGAGAUCUAUCCCAAUGGGGAACCAUGAAGUUUUUCACCGACUCGGGCGCCACUCAUGAGGCCAAUCCCUGUAAGACAAUGCGCCAAAAAUUUGUGAAAACCGGUAAACUCGACAAUACUGUGGACAAGAAUUAUCGCAAAGCGUCAGACAAUUGGCCGGGCAUUGGGUUUGCGCGGACACUGACCGUCGGCAUCACUCAUACGGCGGCAAACACUGUGUAUUACGGCGUCGCUCACGUCAGACGACCGGCCAUUGAGUACACGGACUCACAUCUGAACCAAUUAUGGGAAAAUGNUCAUACGGCGGCAAACACUGUGUAUUACGGCGUCGCUCACGUCAGACGACCGGCCAUUGAGUACACGGACUCACAUCUGAACCAAUUAUGGGAAAGUUAUUUCAAUGGAGACGACAAACAGAUGAUUGACUUCUUCUAUGAGGACAGAGAGGACGCCCUCCGGAGGGCCACAGUUUUGGACAAAUGUAUUGUGAGCGACGCUCAGGCGGUCGGCGGCGAGAGUUAUGUUAAGGUUGUGUCCGCAGCGCUCAGACAGGCUUAUGGAGGGGUAGAAAUGGUUGGCACAGUUGACAAGCCGUGGAUGAUGUUUAAAGAGAUUGCAUCGGAUGGCAACUGUCAAACAGUAGACGUGAUUUUCCCUCACUUUCCGGUUCAGCUAUAUCUCAAUCCAACGCUUUUGAAAUACCUUUUGGAUCCAUUGCUCGACAAUCAGGAAAGAGGUUUCUUCCCAUUGAAGUAUUGCAUACAUGACUUGGGAACACAUUAUCCGCAAUGUGUUGGACACAGAGAUGGGGUUCAGGAAGACAUGGAGGUGGAGGAGAGCGCCAAUAUGUUGAUCAUGAUGUCAGCCUAUGUCAGGGCAACCAAUGACACAGAGUUUGCUAAAAAGCACUACAAAAUUGCCAAACAGUGGACACAGUAUUUGGUCGAUCACGGGUUGAUCACAGGUGACGCUUUGACAACCGACGACUUUUUGGGUAAAUUUAAAAACUCAACAAACCUUUCGGCCAAAGCUAUUAUAGGCAUCGGAGCGAUGGCACAGUUGGCUGAAGUGACCGGUAAUGAGGCGGACAGACAACAAUACAGACAAAUUGCAGAGAAAUACGUCACCGAAUGGAUCCGUUUGGGUGAAGACCCGUCCAAUAAACACAUAAAACUAAGCUAUAAUACGGCCAACACUUGGUUUAUGAUCUAUAACUUAUACGCCGAUAUCCUAUUGGACACCAAAUUAGUACCCGAAUCGAUCUACAAACAACAGGACGAGUGGUACCUACAGGUGAUGGACGUCUACGGCCUGCCAUUUGGUACCGAUAAAGAGGGGACACUAUUUGGUUGGAUGAUGUUUACGGCGGCCGCGUCUGGCAAUACAAAACUGCGACAAACAAUGUUUGAUCGGACGGUCAAAUGGUUGCGCGAAACGCCGUCCGGAGCGCCGUUUCCCGACUAUAUCAACACCUCUAACGGCAACGUUUUACUUAAUUUUAUCAAUCGGCCAGUAAUUGGCGGUCUAUUCGCGCCGUUGACUCUUAAACAC